AUGUCAACUUCGGACAGUGAUUGCAAUCAUGGGGAUUGCCUGAAGCAUUUCCACUCUGACGAUCCGAUCCUUCUAGCCGGCAGUAAUGGACAACAGUCCGAAGCGCCGCAAAGCGAGAGCUCCCAAGGACAACUAUCCGAACCAACAGUCAGCCUGGUGAACGGUACUUCCGAUGUAGAGAAAGAUCAGAAUGAUGCUUCGAAAUAUGAGAAUAAUGAUCGUGGAUUCCGAAGGAUCAUUCAGAACUUCACGCCCUCCAUGUCGAAUAAGCGAAGCCAACUUGAAGAAAUGACAGCACUGUACCUCAUCCCCAUAGUGGCUGUCGUCAUUGCUGCAGCUUCCGGAGCGAUCGUUGCAGGAGCCAUACCGAACCACAAGCACCAGUUGUGGACGCUCAUAAUUAGCUACAUAUUCUGGGGCAUAGGAACGCCUCUGUCAUGGAUAAUCUUGACCCUUUACUUCCUCAGAAUGACCGUACACCAGCCCCUCAAGCGCGAAGUCAUCGUUUCGCUUUUACUCCCCGUUGGACCUCUUGGUCUCUCAGGAUUUUCUAUAAUCUCACUUGGGAAAGUCGCCAAACAUCUCUUUCCCAUAACUGAGAGCCUACCGCACGUUCCACACGCAGGUGAAGUGUUCUACACCACUGGCGUCCUUCUUGGUUUGUUACUCUGGGGGUUUGGCAUUGUCUGGUUUGUUGUCGCCGUCAUUAUGAUUGCCAUUUCAGGUGGCUUUCCGUUCAAUAUGGGAUGGUGGGGCUUCAUAUUUCCAGUCGGUUAG